GGGAGCGGGAAGUCUCCACGACUUUUAGUUUCCAUUUUACGCAGUGGGUAAAUGAAUCCAUCAUCUGGAGAAGGAUGUCUUUGUCCACGUACCUCUUGAACACCAUUAACCGGAUCGUGGAGGAGCUCAGUCUGGAGGAGCGUAAGCGUUUGUCGUACCUGUGUGGACAGCUUCACACCGGGCGAUGCACCACCAACAUCAAGGAAAUCCUGCAGUCCUGCAUGGGCCAAGUGCACACAGAUGAGGCUUUUCUGAUGGAGCUGAUGCUGAGGAUGAGGCGCUAUGAUAUACUCUCUGAGGUCUUGGGCAUCAGUAAGACCGAGGCUGAACGGCUUUUGAAAAACGGCCACGCUCUUUCAGAUUACAGGGUACUAAUGGCCGAACUGAGCGAGGACGUCGGAUCGGACGAUUUGGAGUCGUUAGUUUUCUUGCUCAGAGGCACGCUGCCCAAAGAGAAGGUGGAAAAUUUUGAGUGCUUCCUGGACGUGGUCGUGGAACUGGAGAAGUUGGAUCAGAUCUCAAGCACCAGGAUGGACGUGAUGGAGAAAUACCUGAGAGCCAUCCACCGUGUCGACCUGGCCAAGAAACUCAGCCAGUACCAGAGCAGAGCUGAAAAACAAAGACCCGCCGCAGUAAAGUCGAGAGUCGAGUGUCGGACUUGUUGCGCUGCAUCACCUCACACAUCAUCUGCAUUUCCUCCCACAUCCUGCAGUGUGAGCAAACACACCACGCCCUGCGUUAACGCCGCAGUACCGGUGUACGUCUCACCCAGCAAACCCUGUGAGCAGCGGAUGGAGGAUGUGUACCGGAUGCAGAACAAGCCUCGGGGACUGUGCGUGAUCAUAGACUGUGUGGGCAGUGAAGGAGCCCAUCUGGAGCGCUUAUUCUCGAGCCUUCACUUCACCGUGAGCCUCCACAUGCUGCUGAGCGCCAGAGAAGUCCUUACCUGCCUGCAGGACAUCUCCAGACACACCGAGCAUCGCAGAAUGGACGCCUUCGUCUGCUGCAUCAUCAGCCGUUUCCACUCCUUCCAGCUGCUCGGUACCGACUCGUACGGCCCGGGACUCGACCUGAACGGCGUCCGUCAAUACUUCAUGCCUGACUCCUGCCCGGGACUGACCGGAAAACCCAAACUCUUCUUCAUCCAAGGCUAUGAAAUGUCCAAGUCGUCGAAGUCCACAGGGUUCUGCGAUAACGAGGACGGAGAGCUGGAGACGGACAGCCCUGCCCAUCAUCACCACAGGUUGGAAGACAUCCCGGGGGACGCAGACGUCUUCUGGAGUCACUGCUGGACCAACGAGAAGCAGCUUGAGGACGUUAACCAUCAGUCGGUUUAUUUACAGUCCCUGAAAGAGGCCUUGGUCGAUGGACAGGAGAGGAGGAUUCAUCUGGUGGACCUUCAUAUGGCGGUGAACCGAGCGGUUUACGCUCACAACCACAACCAUCCAGGAUCGGCGUAUCACAUCAACCUCAGACACACGCUACGGAAAAACGUCUAUCUCUCAUGAGUCUCAAAUCCACCUGACAAGCCUCUGUACACUCCUGGUUCAAAGGAAAUAUAAUAUUAGGCAGUUAAAGGUCUUAACAACAAAUGAUCGAUCAGGACGUUCGCAAGAAUUAAACUAAUGUAGUCCUGAGACCUCCUGUGCCACCAUUUGCUCGAAAUGGAAAAGCUAGAUACAGGGAAAUUCACUUAUAUAGCCUUCUUGUAAAAAAGGUACUAAUCAUGCUUUAUUAAUCACGUAUACAUUACAGCGGAGUGAAAUUCUUUUCUUCGCAUACCCCAGCGUGUUAGGAAGUUGGGGUCAGAGAUGAUACAGCGCCCCCUGGAGCAGACAGGGUUAAGGGCCUUGCUCAAGAGCUCAACAGCGGCAGCUUGGCAGUGCUGGGGCUUGAACCCCCGACCUUCCGAUCAGUAACCCAGAGCCUUAACCGCCACGCCUCCACUGCCCUAUAUCAUGAAAUUCAUCAUAAUGAUUAAAAUGUUUGAUGUACAAUUCAAACUAGAAUUUUUACUAAAAUAAAGUAAAACUAAAAUAAAAAGCUGUCCGCAAGUUUACCCACAAGGCUUAAACGUAUAAAGAAACCAAAGGGAAAACCACCCCAUACUAAGUUACUUCAUCUAUUUGUUUAAUUCUUACUCAUUUCCUGACCAAUGAUUUGUUGUUAACAGCAUUUGCCAUUUUCAGAUUGGCCCAUUUGAAAAAAAUAUUAUUUUUUUUGCCCAGGAGUGUAGUAUUUUUAUUUUAUUUUAAGACCAAAAGACAGAUUGUUAUUGUGUUCAGUGCAGCUUGGGUUAAUUGUAUCAAUUAGGGUAUAAGCUAUUCGACUAGUCCGGUGACCAUGAAGUGUCUCAUAUCCACACGAGGGCAGCAACGGCAUUAAGUGUACUAUUGACGUUAUUCCUGAACAUUUCAACCAAGCAACGCUAGCUUGUGAAGUUUAAUCUUAAUUAAUCGUACCGCAUUUGUUAUUAACGCAUGUAUUUAUAUAUAUAUUUUUUACAUUUAAUUAAUUUAUUUUUUUUAACACUUUUUUUAAAAAUAAUAAUAAUAACAUGACAUUGUUAGAAGAUCUUCUGUGCGAAGCCAUGAGUAUCUUCUCGUCUGAACAUGACGUCCGUACACAUUUCUCAGUGCUUCUUUUUUUUCCCCCUGAAGUGCAUGUGUUUGAUUGUGUUAAAAAUAAUACCAUAUAACAGUUCACUAGCUUAUUGAUUAUAGAUUACGGUGUGAUUUUUUUUUUUUUUUCCCCUCUGGAAAUAACAUGAACAGAACAUAAUUGAAUGAAAACAUCAUUAGGCUAAUUUGGAAAUAUUCAACGAUAUAAAUGCUUUAAAUGCAAAUUUUUCAAGUUACAAAGUUAACGUUUAAACCUAUUUCUUUAAAAUAAAAAAACAGGUUUCAAGAAGUAAAAUAAAAUGUGAAAACAACACAACCUAUAGAAAAGAAAGAACUGAAUAAAGAAAAGAUGUUUUGUCAUGACAAUCGGAUCUAAUUUAAACGAUGCAGACUGUUAUAAUACGUCAUUACGUAAUGAAUAACCACGUUAUUACAGGUUGUUACAGCCGGUCAUGCUAUUCUGUCGGAGGCUAAAAUCUAAUCUAGCAAUAGCUUCGUAAUCUAAGUAAUAGUGUUGAGUAAUGCAUUAUAUCACAAGGUCUCGUUGAAGGCAUGAUACACAUGAUGUGAGGCAAACUAUCUCUCUCUCACACAUACACACACACACACACACAUAUAUAUAUAUAUAUAUAUAUAUAUAUAUAUAUACACACACACACACACACACACACAGGUAGCUUCAUUUGUGAUUUCUAAGCAUUUCAGCUCUGUAGUGUUCUACUGGCUUCAUGUCAUGUUUCCUCCAAAUACCAAACAAACACAGCAAUAAAUAAAUCAUUAAUAAAGACCUUCUUCUCCUUCUUUACACCCACAAAUCUAUUUCACAUACACCUUCAACUCCAGGAGGAGUUUCUCUCCGUGUCACUGACAGCCCCUGUAGUCUACAGCUGAUCUUUAAUAAACAGCAAAUAAUCUGAUGUGAUCUAGUCUAAUUUCACCAUUAAUAUUAAAAUCUAUUUGAACAUUUGUGUUAUUUUGUGGGAUAUUUCAUCAUUUACAUUUCAGUAUUCAGUUUGUACUAUCUGCACACAAACUUUCACUCAGCUGGACCUUUCUGUUUCGGCCAGAAGUUUAUUUCCAGCUGUUUAAUUCGAUAUGUCCUGAUAAUGUAGUGACAAAAU